CAAACGGAAUGCACUCUCACCCACGAGCCACACAAUCUCUCAUCGCUAGCUAGACAUACAUAGCAAACGCUAAAUUUCCCUUUGAGUACACGUUGAAGAACCUUCGGUAUGGGUUCGAUCUCGAACGAGGUACAGACCGAAUGCCUGCCAUUUUUCAGGAUCUACAAGGACGGCACCGUUGAGCGUCUCAUAGGCACUCCCUAUGUCCCACCAUCGCUCGAUGACCCGAAAAGCGGUGUGUCCUCCAAGGACAUCACCAUCUCCCAGAACCCAUUGAUCAAAGCUAGGCUCCACAUCCCGAAACAAGUACUGGAUCAAUCACAAGCCACAAAUAAUAAGUCACCUGAGAAGUUGCCCUUACUGGUCUACUACCACGGUGGUGGCUUCUGCAUCGAGUCCGCCUUCUCGCUUGUCGAGCACCAGCUGCUCCAGUCGAUCACUGCCGAGGCCAGGAUCCUGGCUGUGUCUAUCGAGUAUCGGCUUGCUCCAGAGCACCUUCUCCCAGCAGCCUAUGAGGAUUGCUGGGAAGGCCUUCAAUGGGUCACUUCCCACUCCGCUGCUGGUGAAAUGAAGCCAGGCUUCGAGGCCGACCCGUGGAUCACGAUUCAUGCUGAUUUUGAACGAUUGUUCAUUGGUGGGGACAGUGCCGGGGCUAACCUCGCUUACAACACAGUUAUGAGGGCUGGCACCGAGAAAUUAUCAGGAGGAGUGAAGAUCUUAGGGGCAUUCAUCACCCAUCCUUACUUCUGGGGCUCAAAGGCCGUCGGGUCGGAAAACGAGAAAGAGCAACUGAAAGUCCUGCCCUGCACUCUGUGGAACGCCCUGUACCCGAAUGCACCCAAUGGGAUCGACAACCCGAUGAUCAACCCGUUGGCCCCCAAGGCUCCGAGCCUGUCGGGGCUAGCCUGCAAGCGGCUCCUGGUUUCGGUUGCAAGCCAAGACCAGCUAAAGAGCAGAGGGGUCUCAUUCUACAAAGCGAUGAAGGAGAGCGGAUGGGAGGGCGAAGCUGAGCUGGUCCAAGUUGAAGGAGAAGAGCAUGCCUUCCACAUUCUCAACUUUGAAACCGAGAGUGCCAAGAUGAUGAUUAAACGCUUGGCCGAGUUCCUUCGCAAGUGAUGUGAAUCAAUAAUGGCUGUUGAUGAAGAUUUGAACUUGCUAUAAAUUCAAUUAUGAGUUUGUAUGAUCAUCAGCAUAUUCAUAUAUAUAUAUAUAUAUAUAUUGUAAUUUUAGUGGGCUUAAAAGGUUUUCAUGGGACCUUCCUAGUGCAAGAACUUCUCAUACUUAAUAUUAGCAAGUUGUAGUCCGAUUCCUCUCA